AUGGACACGAGGUUUGCCCACUUGAACCCGGACAGGCGAGCGCAGGCCAUGAGUCGUGAGUCGGGGGACGAGAGCGACGUAGGAAACCCGUUAGAGGGUAGUGCGCGGGAGAGCCAGAGAGAUGACCGUUUCGGAAACCUCACGCCGGAGCGUAGACUGCAGGAAUUGCGGUUGGAGUUGGAGAGGCUAUCGCAGAUGAUGGGCGGAAGCUCUCGGUGGAGUGGACCCGAGUUCGGCAGGCGGGAUCCGUGUAGCGAACUGAGACGCUACUCAAAAGUCCUCACAGGGGUGUUACCGAAAUUUCCAGCCGAGGCUGAAGCACCGGUGUGGUUUGAGUCCGUGGAGAGUGCCCUAGAAGCGUACGAGGUACCGGGGGAGUUUUGGGGACGUUUAGUUUUCCCGUUAGUAGCGGAGAGAGUCCCGUUUUUGUCCACGCGGCUAAGCCCAACAGAGCACAAAGAUUACCAAGUGAUCAAGCAAACGGUGCUAGACGAGCUCAGACUUUCAGCCGGAGAAUAUCUAAAAAGAUUUUCGGGGUCAGGCAAGCGUGCGAACGAGGGGUGGAGACCUUUUUCGACACGGUUAGAGAGCUACCUCCACUUUUACCUUGAGGCAAGAGGGGUGUCGACAUUCGAGGGCCUGGUCAAGCUUUUGGUGGCCGACCAAUUAAAGAAAAAUUUGUCGGAGGAGGCCUUGCGAUAUGUCACACUCCAAGAAGGUAGAGCAUGGAUGAGCGCCCCAGAGAUAUCCGCGUUGCUGCGAACGUUUGAAGAAGCACAGGGGACAAACAGCGCCGCGAGGCAGGCGAAGCAAAGCGUGGCGGAGUCGCAAAGCGCGAACAGGGCUAGAUCCGACGAAGAGACAAUGAAGGGCCGCGGGGCUGGGAAAAACCGUAUCGUGGAGGGGAAACCAAAGCCCAGGGCAUGCUACAGUUGCGGCAGUACAGGGCACCAGAAAUGGAAUUGCCCGCAGCGUCAGAAACAGCCGAGUGAAGUGCUUCCGAACCGUAAAGAAGACAGCUUGGCGGCGCGGGUUUCGAUUGAAGGUCCCCCAGCCGCACACAGUGAUUUAAUCCCAGUAUCGCUCGACUGCAAAGACAAACAUAUAGGAGCAGUAUUAGACACAGGUGCGGAAAUCACAGUAGUCCGUGAGAGCGUGGUCCCGCCAGAGUUGGUGCAACCGCAUGGGAUGGUCAACCUGACUUCGGCGUUCGGGGGGAAAGUACAGGCCAAGCUCGCAGUUAUUCCACUGACUAUGUCGCGUGAGCGUGGAGUGUUUUCCGACGUUAGAGAACCAGUCCCAGUGUUGUGCGCGUUAACGGACCGUCUAACGGCACGAACAGAUUGCCUACUUUCCGAAGAAGCAUGGAAACUACUACACGAGGAGAGCACCCUCGAAGGGGUAGUGAAGGGUACCUCAGAAGUGGGCGGCGCUCAGCCAGAGCAGCCAGAGUUCGAAAGCGAGCCUCAGCACGCCGAGGCUGGGUGGCGUCAGGACGAGGUGGACACUCGGGUAGAAUUGGUAGAGCGACACGCGACCGAGGAGGUGUUGAUCAGCGAGGUAGCUGUAGCAAGCCGCGAUGAAGGGGAUCAGCGGGACGACAGCGUGUUGCGUAACGAAGCCCCGAGCGCCGGCGUGAAGGAGAGAAGCCCGCAUCCGUACAGGGUACCCAAAAGCUUACAGGCCGAGGUGGGGAGGCAGGUAGACGAGCUGCUCGAAUUGGGGUUGAUCUUUCCGUGCGAGAGCCCGUAUGCCCAUCCGCUGGUGUGCGUUCCUAAGAAAGACGGCAGCGUGCGACUCUGUGUCGAUUUUCGGGCAUUAAACGCGGGGACGGUGGCGGACGCAUACCCAAUGGCCCUUCAGCAAGAACUCAUAAUGAGCGUAGGAAAAGCGAAGUACAUAACGCUGCUCGACCUGCGAAGAGGUUAUUGGCAGGUACCACUCGAGUCUUCUUCGCGCCUGCUGACAGCGUUUGCGUGUCAUCGCGGACAGUUUGCCUGGAUGGUAAUGCCCUUCGGGCUUAAAAACGCUGCUCAAACAUUCCAGAGGGCAAUGAAUGAACUGCUAAGGCCACACAGCGGAUACUGCUGUGCAUACCUGGAUGAUAUAGCCGUUUUUAGCGAAACGCUCGAAGAGCACGCGGAACACCUGGGGCGGGUGUUUGAGACCCUAAAGCGGGUUAACCUGAAAGUCAAGAGGGAUAAGUGCCAGAUAGCUCGUCCAUCGAUCCGGUAUUUGGGGCAUGUGGUAGGUUCCGGACGGCAUGCACCUGACCCUGAGAAGCUUGCAGCGAUCAAAGGUUUAAAGGCGCCGGAGACUAAAAGAGAACUACGCAGCGUACUGGGCCUGUGUGGCUACUACCGAAGCUAUGUGAAAGGCUACGCAGAGGUAGCGAGGCCCCUGACAGAGCUAACGGGGAAGCGAGUCCCGAACCGAAUUCCGUGGUCCGCGGAAGCUGAAAGGGCGUUUCAGCGGCUUAAGAUCGCACUGUGUGAGGCAGCAGCAUUAUCGACCCCAGAUCCCGAGAGGCCGUAUUGGCUGUUUACAGACGCGUCCGCGGUCGCUGCUGGAGUCUGCCUGUCGCAACGUGCGGACGAUGGUACCGAGAUGCCGAUCGCAUUUGCGAGCCACAAGUUCUCUCCAACUCACACGCGCUGGUCGACUAUUGAGCGAGAGGCCUUUGCAGUCAUCUGGGGUCUGAAAAGGUUUGAUUUCUGGCUCUUCGGCGCACAGGUUACCGUGGUGUCAGACCACAACCCACUAGCUUUUCUCACCCAGGGCACUCUUCCUGGGGCUAAGCUUACCCGUUGGGCCUUGGCGCUCCAGCGGUAUCAUGUAGUGGUGCAGCACAGGAAAGGCGUCGAGCGUGGCAACGCAGAUGCGCUUUCGAGGGUGCCUAAUGAGUGCUGGGGAAUCGGCAGCGGUGCUCCGGGGGUCGAGACACUAGAGGACUAG